AUGCCGCCAGGCUCGGAUCUCGAAAAAAUCGGUAAACAAUUUUAAAAUGAUUGCGGCAAAAUUUAAAUACCUGAAAUUAGUUCCAGGCGCACAGAAUCUGCGGAGUGUGACCAGCGAGCAAAGCAGACCUAGCGGAAGUGGAAGCAAAAAGAAAAGACGUGUGUUUUAUUGAAUUGAAAUUUGACAAAAAAAGAAACCCAUUUCUCACAGAAACAUUUCAGACUCUUCGGUACGUAACAGCACUCCGCCAGAACCGUUAACUGCGAGCCAGAAACGAAAAUCGGAUGGUCCAAGACCGAACAAUUCAAGUAAUUCGCUAAGAAACUCGGUAAAUGUUAUGCUAAUCGUUGAAAAAGCUUCAGAACGUCACACAAAUGGAAUCAGUCGGAACGGAAUCGAUCACGCAGUGAAUCAGGAGCUUGCCGCUCGUAUUGAACGCGUCAGAACCAAUGAUUCAGAGCCGUAAGUUUGAAGGAAAGCGAUUUUUGUACAUUACAACUAAAAUUUGUUUUCAGCGGCCCUUCAACAUCUGAAAAACCCAAUGAAAGAAAGAGCAAGAAGGACAAAAGAGACUGGCAUCCCGGUAGGUUUAAACUUGAAACUUGAUUGAGAAGAAUUUUCCCAGAAGAUAAACAACUAUUUCUGCCACAUCUUCAAAUAGUAGCUUCUUUUUUCAGAAGCCGAAGUGUAUUCCAAGAAGCUCUACCGUCAGGUGGCUUCUGGCUUUGAUUUGGACGCGGAUAGUGACACGGACGUGCCUGGCACAUCCCGACAGGCUAUAAUUUCUGACAAGUAUGUUAUCUUCUCAUUUUUCUCUGAAAAAUUAUACAAAUUUUCAGUUGGAAGCCCGAAUACAGCGCCGGAAACCAGGAGCUCGCUCAUCCGAAUGCGAUCCCUCGGAUGGAGGUCGUUAACGACGAUUUCUUGUUGGCCGAGAAGCCGAGAUUCGUGAUCCCCGAUAAGAGAAUCGUGUGCAAUCCGAAUGUUCCGUACUUGACCACUGGAAAACUGUUCGACCGAAAUCCGCCGAUCAUUCAGGAGCCUGGCAUUUACGAAAUCACCGCCCAAGAUGCGAUUUUUAUCAGAGAACUCAACAAGGCAAGUCGGCGUCGUUUCGGGGGUUGCGCGUAAAGUAUGGUGCCUGUCUGUGCAAACUGUGAAGAGCAAUUUCUUUUCCACUUGGCGGCGAAUUGGACAAAUUUGAAGGAAAAACGCUUGGAAGCACCGAGAAAGCGCGAAAAAGUAAAGAAAAACAGAAGGAAUAAUAAAAAUAAUUUCAGGACCGGAAACUGGCAAACGGCGAGCCAUACCUCACCGAUUACUUGUUCAUCAAAGUCGUACAGAUCAUCGAAAAAGUGGUGUUCCGAGCGAUUCACAUCCGCCUUCUGGACUCUCUCAACGUCGUCUACAUCCGCGAUGACAUCAACGAGGAGGCCGAGUGUGACGUGUGCAGAAUAGCCGAAUGCGACCCGACAGACGACAUGGUCUUCUGCGACAUGUGCAAUACUUGUGUCCACACCGCGUGUGCUGGUAUCGCAAAACUUCCGGCCUCGGAGGUUCCUUGGAAAUGCCGAAAGUGCACGAUCGUCCGUUCCGCCUGUCCUGCUUGCGUUCUGUGUCCGACGCUCGGAGGGUCUAUGACGCAUACUGUCGAUAAAAAGAAGUGGACGCAUCACGUGUGUGCCCUGUACAUGCCAGAAAUAUUGUUCGGAGACGAGGAUCUGCGCGUUCCGGUCACUAAUUUCGAAAAAAUUCCGUUGGAUCGCAAAAAGGCAAAGUGCGGAGUUUGCGACACGAGAACAGGCGUCUGCGUCGUCUGCUGCCAUCCGGAUUGCGAUGAGAUGAUCCACGUGGGAUGUGCGAACAGAGCCGGGCUCACGGUCAAGAUACAGGAGGUGGCUUGCAGGAUACCUGGAAAAUUUGAAUAAUUAUGUAAGGUUCAGAUCGAAGGCGAUCCGGAGAUGAACGUCGAGCGCAUAUGCUACUGUGUCGAGCACUCGAACAAGGACGAAUUCAGAAUCGAGCCGCAAUGGCGUGAUUACAAGAAUCCAUGGCUUGCCAAGUACCAGAGCGAGUUCCACAUUUCGAGCUGUUACGAGGAGAUUGCCAAAAUGUAAGCGAUUUUUUAGACAAAUCUUAAUCUCACCCGAACUCUUUCAGAACGUCAGUCGAGGAAGUGAUCAUAUCGGACAUAUUCGAGUACUGGAAGCAGAAGAGAGUUGCCAACAACUGUGCGCCGCUCAUUCCGCUCCUGGAUCAGUGCGUCGAUCUCGAGGCGAACAUUUUUGCUGCGGCGAAGAAGGCGGUGGAAGCGAAAAUAUUGAGUUUCAAGAAUGGCGAGUCCAACAAGGGCAAGAACCAUUUUUUUUCGUAUGGGACCCUAAUGGUAACGGAAAUGCGUCAGCAUCACCUGAAGAGGGUCCGCUUUGCGAUCGAAAAAGAUCUUGAGAUGCUGACAAUGGUGGAGAAGCGAGAGCAGUACAAGUGGAGACAGGCGCAGACCGAUUAUCAGUUGGCGAGCAUUGCGACGAGAUACGCCAGGUACGGGAAAGUCGGAGAGCUGAUACAACACAUGAAUGUGACGACCGAAGAGCUGGACGCACCGGAGGAUCCGAAUUUUGUGCGGCGAAUGGACGCGGAAGUUCGGGCGGUUCGUGUCAAGAAUGUAAGAAGACCUGCCGCACUUCCUAACGUGACCGUCAAGAAAAUGAGUGCCUCAUCGCGUCCGGAGGAGCUGAAAUCGCCGUUGCGCCCCCGGAACCAUCAGGGCUCGCAUCCGCGCAAAAUCCGUGCUCAGUCUUGCUACCCGACGACUUCACUGGCCACUCCUAUUUCUUCCCAUCCACUUCCAUCCACCUCUUCCACGGAUCUCCCCGCAAAACGACGUCAAGGGCCCGGAAGGAAUCGCAUUUAUCCGAUUGGGUAGAUUUUCGUCUUCAGGCUCUUCAUUUCCUGCCUUCUGCAGCCCGCUGUUUUGGCGACUCAUCUAA